AUGAUUCAUCAGCCAUGGAUUAUCGUUCUAUGCUAUUUAAACAUUUGUCCGAGUGCUUGCCAAACCGUUUCUGAUAAAGGUUAUUGUAACCUACCAAACAGUUCUUCAAAUGUUUGUUGCACAGGGUUUUACCUAAGCGAAAAUAAAUGCAAAGAGUGUGAGCCAGGCUUCAUUGGUAAGAGCUGCUCCUUGACCUGUUCAGUAGGAUACUUUGGACUACAAUGCAAAGAACUUUGUAACUGCUCCCAGGAUAAUUACUGUGAUCCAAGAAGAGGGUGCGUAUGUAACACAACCAGUGUUAACUGCACAGAUCCAGAGUAUGAAUCGACACAAGAAAUGAGAAUAAAUGCAACCGCUAUGCAGUCUGUUAAACCUGCUGCUGAUAGUAUAGCAACUCUAAUAGUCGUCCCUUUACUGAUAACCGCCAUCACCUGUCUAUUUCUCGGCACAAUCUGCAUCAGAAUACGGUAUUCAGAAAUGAUGAAGAGAAAGAAAGAUCUAUUUUCCAUGCAAAAUGUGGCCGACUUUACGGUCAGAAACAAUCCUUUAGAAACAGAAGAGGAAAAUCCGCAUGACGAUAUUUACGAUCAUGUAAACCUUAGAGUGCAGUAUUCCAACCAUUCUAAUUAUAACACAGUCAGUUCGGUAGAUGCAGGGGACUCGAGUCUCGGAUUGACUAGUGCUGUCCUUUUACAGCAGUACCAAAGUGUAACACGUAUGCGUCUACAUGACGAGCAGUUUUGUGAAAGUACUGUGGACGAACCUGAUGUAGAAACUGUUGACAACCAGACAACGAAUAGAGAAGCAGAUAUAUAUUCCACACCAUGCAAACUCAUGAUAGAGAAACCAAUAUAUCGCUAUUUAGAACAACGACAACAAAGAAUCAGCAAUGAAACUGUGACAUUUGAAUAUCCAAACUCGAUUAUUGAUGCAAUUGUUCACGACACAGAAUCACAAACAAAUCUCAUUUCCCCUCUAAAGUGGACACAAUAUGAAGAAAUAGAUACAAACGGUGACAUUUUAGCUCAUACUUACAAAUCUUUAAGACUAAAUAGUCCAAUGGAAAGCGACGAGUCUGAAGAAUACUUUGAUGUCAGUUAUGAAGGACAGCAAACGGCGUAAUUACACAAAAAUGACAAGCUUGACCUUGUUUGUCAAAACCUGGUCCCUUAAAGGUUAGAUCAACUG